AUGGCCUGUUCUGAUAACAGGGCUAACGACGUUCCUAACAUCGCAAUUGAUGGUGCCUUGGGCAGAGUACCUAACAGGAGAGAGGAGAAGGAAAAGGUACGAAAGCAGCGAGAGGAGCUUGAAAGGAAGGCACAAGAAGAAGCUUAUGAGGAGAUGGCUGAAAAGCUAGCCAACAACAAGGGUAGUGAAGCCGACAAUGACGGUGAUGAAGCUGACAACGAGGGUGAUGGAGCCGACAAAAAGGCUGAGACGAUAGUGCACGAGACGUGUGACGAGAAGCUCGGACAGAACACUAAGAAGGCCGAGGAGAAGCCGGGUGAGAAGAAAGAUGAUGAAGCCGACAACGAGGGUGAAGAAGCCGGGAAAAAGGCGGAGACUAUAAUGCACGAGAAGUGUGCCGAGAAGCACGACAAGAGCACUGAGAAUGCCGAGGAGAAGACGCACGAUCAGAAGACCGAAACGGACACAAACAACACCAUAGACAAGACCAUCGAUGAGAAGACCGAAAAAUCCAACGUUCCUCCGCCUCAUAAUAACGCGCCCAAGAAGCGGAAGGCCAAUGACGACGACGAAGAGACUCCUCGAAAGCGAUCCCGAGAGAACAUCCUACAGAAGCCGAAGCAUGCCCCGAAAGCUAAGCCACGAGAGGCAGAGCAGAAAACCCCCGAAAAGGCACCCGAGGAGAAGAAGAUAUACAAAUGGCAGGUAGUCAGACAGGGGAAGACAUACAAGAAGGGAAAUCAGAGAGAAAUUAUCUGUGGGCCAUACGAUCUGCCACAGCUUUCGGAACCUCCUACAACGUUGAAGCUUCUCGAGGAGAUGAAGAGGAAGACGAGGGGAGACGGUGGUGGCGAUGCAUGA